GGAAAGAGAAAACUUGUAGUGACAGUGACAGUUCACUGCUGGUUCAACACCGCUGUCUGCCGCUAACGUUAGCCGCGUGCAGCUUGCUGUCCUCGCCAGGUUAUCAGCAUGGGCUCAUGGAUUAUUCAGACAGCUGUGAUGGUGCUAUCGGUCUUCAUCAGCAGCGGCCAGGGAAAGAGAGACAAGGUGCUCUACUGUUCUGCGUGCCGAGCAAUUGUGGACGAACUGAACUACUCGAUCAGUCAGGUGGACCCAAAGAAAACCAUCAACGUGGGCAGCUUUAGACUCAACCCUGAUGGGACCCUGAAAGACAAGAAGGUGCCUCUCGCUCGCUCGGAGACCCACCUCAGCGAGCUCCUGGAUGGGGUAUGCGGCAGCAUGAGCGACUACGCCCUCCAUGUGGACCCUGACACCCAGCACAAACAGUACAUGAGGUUUGCUCCCAGGAGCAGCGGGGCCGCCGGGGACUUCCCCGACUUCAAAAACUUCCAGUUUGACGGACCCGAGGCACCCAGCGCCCUGAAAUUUGCAUGUGAAACAGUCGUGGAGGAGCUGGAGGAUGAUAUCAUCUCUCUGUUCAGCGAGGGCGCUGAGCAUGUGCAGGAGGAGUUAUGCAACCGAGUCUCAGAUUACUGUAGAAUCAGCAGCCACACAGACAAGGAGUUAUAGUGUUGUUUUUUAUAUAUAUAUAUAUAUCUUCAGUGGAUGAAAGUGGGACCACAUUUUUGUCACAGAGACAAAGAAGAGACCAGAAAAUAAAAUCUGUUUUUGACAAAUGAAUGAAAAAAAAUAAAAAAUAAAAGACAAAA